AUGCGCCUAGUUCUUUGCAUUCUUUACCUUGUUCGAGUGAUCCAAGCCUCAGAUACUCCUGAUUCAGCUUCUACUAGUGAUGGUUCUGAAACUCCGUCAUGCGCGAAUCACAGAACCUUGUGGAACAUCGUCUCGACUUGCGCUCUAACCAUCUUUGCGUGCACAUACAGUGCCAUGCACGUCAAUAUUCCGAGUCCCAAGGACAGCCCCGUUCGUGUAUUAUUGCGACGCGCUUACUUGAUAUUAUUUGCCCUAUUCGUUCCUGAGCUGCUCGUUGCAUGGGCGAUGCGCCAGUGGCUCUGGGCUCAUUAUGCAUGGACUCAGACUCACAGCUUCUUUGCGCUGAUGGGUGGUUUCAUGCUCUAUGUGGACGAUGAACCCUACCAUAUACUAUUGCCUAAUCAACUUCUUAGUCUGGUGGAGGAUGGAUCUAUUGAUCUCCCUCGUCUGACGGCAAAACAGAUCCACGACCGGAGCAAAGGCAAUGCAAUAUCAAAAGGACUGAUUGUCCUUCAGGUGGCUUCGUUUAUCCUGCAGCUCAUUUCCCGCGGCAUUUAUCACCUGGAGAUCACGCUUUUUGAGGUGGGGACACUUGCUUUUGCGGUUCUCAAUUUCAUUACCUAUGCUGUGUGGUGGAAUAAGCCUCUCGAUGUACAAUGUUCCCAUCCAGUCUACUGGAAGUCCACCAAGGCCAAGCUGGCAGAGGUCAGCUUUGAUGGGUACAUCUACGCCUCAAUCAAUUCUACCGCUGCUGAUUAUGUUCUCCUUAGUGUCUCUGAAAGAGACCUUCCACUAUCUUUGGAGAUCAUCGCUGUUUCGCUCCUUGACUCAACUGUGCGACUUGCUGGCUUUGAUACAACAUCCCCUCAACGGCUACGAGUCGCAGCGUUAGAUGGCGACAUCAAACUAGAUCCCCGGGAAAGUGAUGUUCUUACUUUCGCUGGAUUUGUGAUGGGAACCACGUUUGGCGCCAUCCACUGUGCCGCUUGGCUUUAUCCCUUCCCCACAUACCCAGAGCAGGUCUUAUGGCGCGCAAGUGCCAUCUAUAUUACUUUCGCGCAAUGGUUUCAUUUGCUGGUAUACCUCUUGUUUAUACCGAAGACUGACAAAAAGAAAACCCUGAGGCUUGUGUUUAUCGCAUUUUUUCCUGGGAUCGUGUCGUACAUAGCAGCACGUUCCAUCCUCUUCAUACUCAUGUUCACCACUUUACGCAGUCUUCAUGCUGACAUAUUCAAGGCGGUGUCGUGGGCUAAUUUGGUGCCGCACCUGUAG